GGUAUGGCCUCGGCUUCUUUAUAUUUACCAUUAGUCUCAUGGCAUCAAUACACCAAUGUCAAUACUACUACCACCACAUUACUCUAUCAUCAUGCUCACGUUUACGCUGGACAAAAAGACGGACAUAUCUGGGUCUAUACUCUUGACAAACAGACAUCUUCAUUACGGCAUAAAUAUUUAUUGACUGGACAUAAAGCAGCCAUUACUGCCUUGUAUAUAUUCAACUCCACUGAUACCCCUUAUGCAACAAACAACAAUGGUAACCAAGAUAUUUUGGUUAGUGCCGAUGAAACUGGUGAAAUAGCUCGAUGGGAUACUACGGAUGGUCGUUGUCAAGUAGUCAAUCCUCAUGGUUUUUUUGGUUGUCCUACUCAACUCAAAGUUUUUGAUACUUUAUCAAAUCAUUAUAUCUUUUGUUGUGGUCAAUCCAAUGAAAUUUGUAUUUUGAAUACUACUACAUUAGAAGUGGUGCGUGUUUGGGGUGGACAUACUAAUUGGGUCACUUGCACAAGUUUUUAUGAUCCAUAUGAGAAAAGGAUUCGAUUAAUGACGGCAACAAUGACUGGGCAAUUAGAUAUUUGGGAUAUGGAUAUCAAGAAUGUGGCUUUAUACAAGGAAAAGAAAUUUAUCAAAAAUCAACCUUCUUCUUCUUCAAAUCAAGAUAAUGCAACGACAAUGUUAAAGGAUGCUUUAUUGGAUAGUGUAAUAAAUUUGAUUUCCCAUCCUUUCACCGGUCUCUUCCUUAUGAUUACUCGCAAAAGUGCUAUUGUAUUCACCUUGAACGGCGAAAAUGAUUUCAUUCCACAUUUUACACUCCCAGCAUCAUUAUCAGAAGAACAAGUAGAAUGGGUAGGCGGUGAAUGGGUUGGUCAUGAUCGAUUGGUACUUUGGACUUUGGAUGGUACUGUUUUUGAUUACAGAUUGCAUUCCCCUCAAGGUGUACCCAAUGGGACUGUAGUAUCCAAGGAUUCUCAGCUUUAUUACAGUGCAACAUUAUCAACAACUUAUUCUUUCCCUAAUGAAAACCACUCUACUGUUUCUCGUUUUGAUGGAUGUGUUUCUACUUUAUGCCAAUCUCAAGAUGACAAUGAAAACAAUACACCAAUGAUUCUUACUUUUUUCAAUCGAUCCAAUGGUGUUUCUUCUUUUUCCAUGGAAUCACUUGUGUCUGAUCCUCAAAAUAACAAUAUCUCAAGAAGCAAAGAGAUAUCAUUUAUGGAUAUAUGGCCAAUGCAAUCACCCACUGUACAACAACCACACAAUUCCAUCACUAGUACCAUUCCAGUCAGCAGUAAUCAUUUGGCAAUAGGAUACGAGAACGGUACAAUUUGUGUGGUCCCAUUAACAAUGGCUUUACUACAUCUAAAUCAAUUAUCUGAUCACUUUUACAAUCGACAAGAUACGAGGAUAUUUGAAAAAGCGCAUCAUGGCAAAGUGACAUGUUUGCUUGUUCCUGAACAUCAUAGUUCUGAACAAAAAUAUCUAUUAUCCGGUGGUCGUGAUGGUUGUGUCAAGAUUUGGAAUUUGAUAAAUGGAAAAUUUGUGGCUUCUUUUACUGUGCAUGCAUCUCCGGUACAAUCAUUUGUUGAACCUGCUGAACAAAAGGAUUCUAGGGUCAGAGGUUGUGUAGUAUCUAUUGCUCAUGAUCAUUCCUUGGCUUUGAUAUCGGUGGAUUCCAUGACUUGUUUGUAUAUUAUCCCUGGUUAUACUUAUCCUUUGACUCAAAUUCAAUGGCGACCUUCAGAAGAUUAUGUUUUGUUUGGAUACACGGAUGGUGUUGUAUUUGUAUGGCAGUUACAAGCAGGACAUUUAGAUCGAGUACUUCAUGGAACAACCUCAAAACAAGUGAUGGCGGAUGAUAGAUGGCCAUGUAAUAGGAUUGUACAAUCCGCUUCUUCCUCAAGAAAAUCCAAUCCCAAUACAAAUCACACUGUACAUACUAGAUCCAUUCUCUCCCAAAGUCAAGAUCUUUAUACUGAUACAUUAUUUGCUCAAGUCUUUAUAUUCAAUAUACGACGCCUGGUAUAUGACUUGUUGGACUCGUCACAAUCAACAUUACCUCCCAACGCAUACACCGGCCACUCCUUGGAUGGUUCAUCAUCCUCAACGGCAACACGACCUCAACCUAUGAUUUCAUUGUCUACUUCUGCCUUUCCUUCACUUUCCACUUCCACUUCCUCCACAUUUGGUCCCGACUUGACCGAUCCACUUGACACUAAACAUGACGACGAUAUGGAUACCAUCACCGCAAGCAAUAAUAAUAUAUUCUCAUCUUCUCAGCAAACAACUCAACGUGAUCAUAGUGAUGAUCUUCUCAGCAACAGUGAUGGUAAAAAAAGAACAUUCAACAAUAAAGAUCAGCAGCGCAUCAAGAAACGGGAAUUGGUGUCGGCCGUGAUGUCUGUCCUUGUCUCCCCUAGUAUGAACAAUAAUGAUGAAUUUCAUCCUUCAGCUCAUGGGAUCAGUUAUGGUAUUCGUGGAGCCAAUGGUUAUCUCUCUUUAGUAGCACCUAGUCAAAAUGAUCGUCAACCUUGGACACUUUCUUCUACUUUGACUGCCUCUCGACUACUUUCUAUUGCUCUUUUAUCUCAAGUUGAAGAAAAUCCAAUGAUAUGCGAUAAUAUGAUGGAUUAUGGCAAGGAUUUACGUCAUAAGGUAGGAGAGAAUUAUUGUCCUCCUUCUUUACCUUUUUUGAGCAAGUAUUGGCAAGAUCCAAAAGCACGGACGAUCUUCUCAAUGGCGAUUAUGGCACUGGAUGCAACCGAAUUACAUUCACUCAUUCAUUAUUGGAAAAAAUAUCUACCUGCCUCAAGUUCAUCAUCUUCUGAUGAGGAGAUGGAAACUCAAAUGAUGACAAGAGCUACGAUUCUCCUUGGGAUUAUUGGCUGUGAUCAACCCCAGAUGCUGGAUGAUACUGUACGAAAAUCUACUGCAUUAAGUUUGACAUUACUUUUAUCUGAUAACAACGUGGAAGAUUUGAUGAUGGAACAAGAAGAACAAGUACAUCAAGAAGCCUCUUCAGCAACAACAACUAUAACCACAACAACUGCACCAGAAACAUCAACACUAACAACAGAAUCAAGUGGUAUGUCAUCUAUUGAUCCAACAACGUUGACAAGAAUUUUAUCUUCUAUGGAAUUACUUAGUCAAGGCUUUAGUAUUUGGGAAACAUAUAUCAAUGCAUCCAAUGUACUUCGUACUUUGAUUACUUAUGCCAACAGCCGUUCACCAUCUUUACGUACAACAAUCACUCAACAACAACAACAAGCAAUGAUUCGUCAAGGAGCCAAAAAUGCCAUCUUCACUAUUGCUCAAAACAAUCAUAUGCCUUUGGUCAUUGGUACCUUGACUUAUGAUACUAUUCAUGCCAAGAAUAUUAAUCAUCGUUUAGCUUGUUUGAGAAUGAUUUCUUCCUUUAUACGCAAGAAUCCAAUGUUAUUAUAUGGUCAUGUUUAUCGUGUCAUGGAAGCUGUAGUCAAAACUCUGAAUCCCAAUAUUCCUCAUAUGCGUGAAUCUGUACUUGCGACUGCCACUUCUACCCUUCAUGAUUUGGUUCGAAUUUAUCCAUCGGUAGAUUUUAGUAGUCAUGCACAAAAAUUGGUGGUGGGUACUUUAGAAGGAGCAGCCAUUGUAUAUGAUUUACAAACAGCAACGCGAUCAGUGGUCUUGGAAGGUCAUACCGGUCCUGUGAAUGUGGUCAAAUUUUCUCCGGAUGCCAAAUGGAUAGCCACAGGUUCCUUAACCGAUCAAACCGUACGUGUAUGGUAUGCUCAACUCAGUUUAUUUGGUAUGUUUACAAGUGGUUUAUCUCAUAUCCGUGAUCCAAAAUCAUCACCUUCUUCUUCUUCUGCUGGUGCUCAGAAACCUUACAAAGUCUUUUCUUUUGCAUUACCUGAAUCCAAUGAUAAUAAUCUUACCAACGCAUCUGAACAAUUACAAUUCCAAUGGCCUUCUAACCGUUGUGUCAAGUUACUCGCUAAAGAUCUCGUUAUGAGUUUCAAUGUUUGAACUUUUUUUUUGUUUUAUUAUAUAUGCAAUAAAUAC